AAUAUUUUUCAGUAUACCUCAGAAAAAAGGAUUUCUUCCCCAAGCAUGAACUCACAAGUGCUACGCUUGCCACUGCCUUCAUCCAAAAGCACACACAGCUUUUUCAGUGCCUUCUGCACAGAAGAGAAUAUUGAACAGAGUAUAUCCUAUCUCAAUAGGGAACUGACAACACUGGGCUUUCCUUCUAUUUAUGUGGAGUCCAAAGGAAAAGAAUUAAAUUUAAUAUCUAUCAUAAAUAGCAUGAAUGAAUUGCUUGUACUGCAGCACAAGCAUCUUCGCGCUCAGGAAGAAGUAGAAAUGCAGCAUCUGAAACUGGGUAGUGAUAUGGAUCACUUACAGAACUGCUAUGCUAAAUUAAAGGAGCAGUUGGAAUUAUCUAAAAGGGAAAUAGUUGGACUUCAGGAAAGAGACAGACAACUGCAAAGCAAGAACAGAAGUUUGAACCAGUUACUUAAAAAUGAAAAGGAUGAAGUACAGAAGUUGCAGAACAUAAUUUCAAGUAGAGCUACACAGUACAAUCAUGACAUGAAGAGGAAAGAGAGAGAGUAUAAUAAAUUAAAGGAACGCUUACAUCAAUUGGUCAUGAAUAAAAAGGACAAAAAGAUAGCUAUGGAAGUUCUAAAUUAUGUUGGUAGAGCUGAUGGGAAGAGAGGUGCGUGGAGGACUGAUAAGACAGAAGCCAGAAAUGAAGAAGAAAUGUACAAAGUUCUGUUAAGUGAUUAUGAACAACGACAAAAACAGCUGCUAGUGGAAAAUGCAGAGCUGAAAAAAGUUCUUCAACAAAUGAAGAAGGACAUUAUUUCACUUCUCCCACCACAGAAACAGAAACCUAAAGAAAGGUCUGAAGACGGGCCAGUGCUAUCAGACCUGGAGGAAGAUGUUGGAGAGUUAAAUAAAGAGAAUAUGUGGGAACUGUCUUGUGAAACUGUGCGGGAGCAGCUCACCAACAGCAUUAGAAAACAAUGGAGAAUUUUGAAAAAUCAUGUUGAAAAGCUGGAUAACCAAGUGUCUCGUGUACAUUCAGGAGCUUUGAAUGAAAAAGAUGUCAUUUCAAGAGAAGACCAUGAGCUGGAAACUGAAAAGCUAGAGUUAGAGAUUCAGCAGUGUAAGGAAAUGAUCAAAACUCAGCAACAGCUCUUACAGCAGCAGCUGAUGUCUCCAUGUGAUGAUGACACCACUCUGUUACUCCAGGACUGCUAUUUGUUGGAAGAAAGAGAGCGUCUUCAGGAAGAAUGGAGACUAUUUCGUGAACAAAAAAAGAACUUUGAGAAGGAACGAAGAAGUUUUACAGAAGCUGCUAUUAGAUUAGGACUUGAGAGAAAGGCAUUUGAAGAAGACAGAGGAGCAUGGCUGAAGCAACAGUUCUUAAGUUCUGACCAGGACAAUCGGUUAGUGAAAUCUGCAUCUCAGCAAAGAAAACUUCACUGUGUGAAUGGUCCCAUUUCAGCAGAACCUUGCCAGAUAUCUCAGUAUAUUACAUGUAACAGUGCUGCAUCAAAAAACCCUGCUGGAGUUAGCAAGCCAAAGCAGUGGGUGCAAAGUGAUGAAGAGGAAGUAGAGUAAUGCACAAAAUCAUGGGAAGACUCGAGUUGGCACUCUGCUGUGUAGAAACUUGCACAUAGAACAACUGCCUUAGAUUUCCUAGGGUUGCCUGCUGGGUUUUUUUGUUAGAGAUUCAUUUAUAAAUUUACAUUUUUAAAGUGAAACUGAACGCUGUGAGCUUGAGCAUUCUCCUAGAGGA